UUGUCAUUCCCCCCCGACUCGCAUUCAUUUCCUUGCGUCUAUCUACCUUCAAUUCCCCCAUCACCUCCCACAGGCAGUUGUCCGUUUAAGAAACUACUGCUAUCACAAUGUCGACCAAACGUCCUACAAUGGAACUGGGCACUGUCCUGGUGGUUGGUGGCUGCGGGUUCUUGGGUUGGCACAUUGUUGAUCAAUUGCUCAAUUUCCCCUCGGAGACCGAUCCCAGUGCCGCUCUUCCUAAGCCCCAGGGAGACGCGAAGUUCGACUACCCCAAACUAGGCGAUCGGUACCCCCGAUGCAUAGCGAAAGUUGCGGUCGUCGACCUGCGAACGACCCACAACCGGCUGCCUGGUGCUGAGUAUCAUGACGGCGAUAUCACGUCCGCAGAGUCCAUGUUGGCCGUUUUCCGCGCGGUCAAGCCCGACAUCGUCAUCCACACCGCCACACCGAAUGUUUUGGAGGGAAACAAGCCAUUGCUGCGCAAGGUUAAUGUUGAUGGAACUAGAACUCUGGUAGAGGUUGCGGGCGGCGCCCGUGGAGACUGGGGUGGAAAGUGCAAGGCCUUUGUGUACACGAGCUCGAGCUCCGUCGUGCACGAUACGCAAAGUGACCUUAUCAACGUGAACGAGGAAUGGCCGCUUAUCCGGGGGGCGUUGCAGCAGGAGUAUUAUUCGGAAACCAAGGCCGAUGCCGAAGAAAUCGUCUUGAAGUACAACCGUGCCUCCCCCUCCUCGAUGGUGACCUGUGCUCUCCGUCCCGCCGGUAUUUAUGGUGAGAAAGAUACGACGUUUACUUUCAAGGUUCUUGAACAUUCGGCCAAGGCUUCUCCGACCGUCCUCCGGAUGCAGCUCGGCGAGAACAACAACUUGUUUGAUUUCACCUACGUUGGAAACAUCGCCUAUGCUCAUACUCUGGCCGCAUACCGCUUGCUUUUCACCCAUUCCCGGUAUGAAUCUGGACAGGGCGCGCCGCUGGACCACGAGCGUGUUGACGGUGAAGCGUUCAACGUCACGAACGACUCUCCGGUCUAUUUCUGGGACAUGACACGUGCUGCCUGGGCGCUGACUGGCAAGGUCGUGGAGCCUGAGCAGGUGUGGGAGCUUCCCGAGUCCGUUCUGGGGCCUAUUGGCGGUGUCGCAGAGACGGUGUUGGGGCUUCUCGGCAAGACACCUCGUUUAACUAGGAGAACGGUUCGCUACUCUUGCAUGACUCGCUACUACUCAUGCGACAAGGCCAAAUUCCGGCUUGGAUACAGACCUGUUGUACCAGUGGACGAGGGUCUCGCUCGUGCAGUCGGAUAUGUCGUGGAACAGGAGCGGCUGGCGGGUGAAAAGAAGGCCCUGUAAUUUCUGAGUGGAUCUCGAUACGGGUGUAUAUCUUAAUGUAGUAUAAGUAAUUUCUCGUGUGUUUAACGUCCAAUUGCGCCCUAUUCCUAUUCACACUCAUUGAUCCACGAACACAUUGUCACACCCUGCUGACACCCCAAUGAAUUUAAAACCGAACGCGCUUGAGCUGAGCACGGGCCAGUAUCGCCUCUUUCCAUCCGCGAUGUAUCAAAAAAAAGUCGUGAUGUUUCAUAAUCC